AUGGAAUUGAGUACCGUUGAAAGGUUACACGAACAGUAUGAGUCAUUUAAAAGUAGCAUCAAAUCUGAUAAAAUGGGCACUGAAUCAGAGCCUGGAUGGGAUCACAGCCCAGCAAAAGAAGUUCUCACAAAUAUGUUAAACACUAUUAACAGCUGCAUUAAUAAAGUGAGCAAAAAUAGUGCGGAAUACAAUAGAUUGUUGGCCAUGCAAGGAGCUUUAUUUUAUCAGCAUGCCAAAGUAUUGGUUCAAUUGAAUGAGACAAAAGUUGCACAAGAUAUAUUAAAAACAUGCAUUGAUUUUCUAAAAGACUCAAUACUAAUUCCAGAAGUAACUUUUCUCGGAUUGAGAGUUUUAAAUCAUUAUUGUUACUUACUUACAAAAUCUGGAGAUUUGAGUACAUCUCAGGAAUUAUUGGAAUUUGCCGAAGCAAAAUACUUACAACUUAAAGAACUGGGAGAUGUAAACACAUUGCCAUUGUUUAGUAAUGACGAUUUAUUCGAUAAUAAAUUGGAAUUAACUCCGAACAAAGAAAUUAAUGAAAAAUUAGAAAAAUUGGUCACAAAUAACCUUCAAAUGCUUGGUUUUGUGCACAAUAAGCAAGGAGAUUUGGAUAAGUUUGCUGCAUAUCAUCAUCAAGUUCUUAAAAGGCAGUUAGAUAUGAGAGAAGGGGAUGCAACCGUGUGGGCGAUGAAAACAGCCAGACUUGGUUAUUUUUUUUUAACCAGAAAUAAAUUUGCUCAAGCUCGUCAUCAUUUGGCUGCUGCAUGUUAUGUUCUUAGUCAGUAUGAAAAUACUUUGAAAACAUUAGAAACAUCAAAUCUAGUUCUUUCAAAAUGGGAUGAAUUGAAUCACAGAUAUGCUGAUAUAGCUAAAUGUUGGGUUAGAUAUGGUUUGUUUCUUUUCAAUGCAUCCAAAAUGAAAUUAGUUUCUGCUUUUUAUGGCGACUCAUCAACAUAUCUAGAUAACACAUGGGCAAAUUCAUUUGAUAAUUUUUUUUACGGGAGUAGUGGAACAGAAGAAAACGAGGAUAAUGGAGUUUGGCAGGGCUCAGAUUUUAAAAAUUAUAAAGAACAACUUCAUAACAGUUUUGGAACGACAAAUUUAAAUGAUAUAAAUACAGUGAAAGAUGCAACUGAAAACAUAAUAUCGAAAAAUGAUUCUAUACCAGUUCCAUCGCCUCUGGUUUUUGAUGUUAUUUUUGAAAAUUCUAAUCAGGUUAACUCGUCAAAUAUUUCUAUAGGUAAAACUGGACUGGAAACCAAUCAAUCGAUAAAUUCAUCGGAAAGUACAUCGAAAGAAGAUAAAAAUGAGGGAGAAAGAUAUGAUCAAAAACUACCAGAAUCGAAUGAUUUGCAAUAUAAAUUUUUAAAUUUAGAUUUAAAUUGCUUUGAAAAUUGUGUGUCGUGUAAUUAUGUUGAUGGCGUGCAGUCAGCAAGAGCAUUAUUUUUAUUUACUCAUUCUUGGUUAAAAAAAUCUAAAUUAUUUUACACGAUAAAAGAUCAUCCGAUGGAAUAUGUAAAUGUCAUUUUAGAUCUAAGCGAAUUGUACCGGUACCUAGCUUUUUAUGAAGAUGAAAUAGAAAAUCAAUAUUCUGUGCAAAAAAAGCGAGCGGAUACUUUGGAAACUCUAAGUGCUGUCUUGAAAGAAGUUCGACCACAGAGUUAUAUCGCGAUCAGCAUUGAAAUUUUUAGAGAAUUGGCGGAAAUACACUUGGAAUUAAUGGGAUUAAAUCUUCGACGAUUAUAUUUAUCCCAACCGGAACCGCCGAAAGAAGACGAUUCGAAACUUCCGGAGAAUUGUUUUACGAAUUUCGCGGAUUAUUCACUUCACAAAAUGGAGGCUGUUGCCGACGUGCAUAAACGGUUGUAUCAGUUUAGCGAAAUAUUGGGUCACGGGGUUUUAGGUGAUUUUGAAUCUGGUGGCACGGCUAUAAAAUCAAAGUACAAAAUUAAAGUUAUUUAUGUCUAA